AUGGACAAUUUGGCAUGCUUAACAGAUCCUGAGCUGCUAGUCGAUGUCGUAGAGCUCCUAGUGUUGGAGGCAGUUGAGGUUCCAGUUGCUGAGCUGAUUGACUUGCUGGCUGCAGUUGCAUUUGCAUUGGAAUUACACCAAACUUGUCCCGCUUCGGAGGCCGCGGUGAUGACAGAAGCUGAGGAGCAGCAACCUUUCAUGAUCGCGGAGGAAUUCGAAUACGCUAUUGGCAUGGCGCAUGCAGCGUUAUGA